UAGGUUCAGGGUUCGAGGGGGAGUCCCAUCUCCACCUCCAACCCCUGGCACACAACCUCACUGGUUCCCUGAGAGCCGCUGCCUCCAGCUUCACCAUCGACUGCGUGGAUGGCAGGCUGAUGACCUGACACCUUCAGACCUCAAGUUUCCAUGUCUGGGAAAUGGUAAAGGGGUAUGGAGUUUGGAGGUGGUGACUUGAUGAGCACUGGUCAGAGUUGCCAGGUUUCAGUUCAAGUCUGCUGCCUAAGUGACCCUGAAUAAGUCACUGUACCCCUGUAUUCCCUAUCUGUAAACCAGGGCAGUAACUGUCCACCUCCUGGGGUUGUCAGGCAGGCAUUGUUACUGUAGUUAUUAAUAUCAUUUGCUCUCCCUCCAGCACUUUGGGUUUCUCUUAAGUCUCCAGAAAGUAUUUUGGACCAACUGUCUGUUGUUAGAGGGGUAAGACUCCAAGCAAAUGGAAACCAAAUUUCCUAUUAUUGGUCACUGUGCAUUCCAGGUGUUGAAAGAAAGCCAGCGAAGUGAGGACAGAGACGUAGAGAGACGUGCAGAGACAUACAGAGGGACGGAGACCCGGCGAGGUACAGAGAGACGUGGAGAGAAAUUAAGCAAGACAGGACAAUCGGACAAGGACAAGUUUAGGUGCCCCUGGAGCUCCAGCCCCGCCUUCAUGCCCGGCAGGUUUCCCACCUGGCCCAUCCUCCCAGGUCAGCUGCAGCCAGUGCUGCAGACCAUCUGACUUGCAGUCCCAGGAGCGACUCUUGACCAUUGUCUGCAGACAAGGAUGGCCCAGGUCCUGCAUGUGCCAGCCCCAUUCCCAGGGACCCCCGGCCCAGCCUCCCCACCCUCCUUCCCUGCCAAGGAUCCUGAGCCACCCUACUCAGUGGAGACACCCUACGGCUACCGCCUGGACCUGGACUUCCUCAAGUAUGUGGACGACAUUGAGAAGGGCCACACACUGCGCCGGGUGGCCGUGCAGCGCCGCCCCCGCCUGGGCUCACUGCCCCGCGGCCCCGGCUCCUGGUGGACGUCCACCGAGUCACUGUGCUCGAAUGCCAGCGGGGACAGCCGCCACUCAGCCUACUCCUACUGUGGCCGGGGCUUCUACCCGCAGUACGGUGCCCUGGAGGCCCGUGGGGGCUUCAACCCACGAGUGGAGCGCACUCUGCUGGAUGCCCGGCGCCGCCUGGAGGACCAGGCGGCCGCACCCCCUGGCCUAGGCUCCCUGACCCCCAGCGCGGCUGGCUCCACAGGCUCCCUGGUGGGAGUGGGGCUGCCACCCCCAACGCCACGCAGCUCGGGGCUGUCCACGCCGGUGCCACCUAGCGCUGGGCAUCUGGCACACGUGCGGGAGCAGAUGGCGGGUGCCCUGAGGAAGCUGCGGCAGCUGGAGGAGCAAGUGAAGCUGAUCCCCGUGCUCCAAGUGAAGCUGUCGGUCCUCCAGGAAGAGAAGCGACAGCUCACGGUGCAGCUCAAGAGCCAGAAGUUCCUGGGCCACCCAUCAGGGACCCGGGGCCGCAGUGAGCUGUGCCUGGACCUCCCGGAGCCCCUUGAGGACCCCGUGCCAUUGGAGACCCGCAGUGUGGGUACCUGGGUCCGAGAACGGGACUUGGGCAUGCCCGAUGGGGAAGCUGCCCUGGCCGCCAAGGUGGCUGUGUUGGAGACCCAGCUCAAAAAAGCACUCCAGGAGCUGCAGGCAGCUCAGGCCCAGCAGGCUGAGCCCCAGCCCCAGGCCUGGCCACCGCCCGACAGCCCUGUCCGUGUGGACACUGUCCGGGUGGUGGAGGGGCCACGGGAGGUGGAGGUGGCAGCCAGCACAGCUGCUGGGGCCCCUGCACAGCGAGCCCAGAGUCUGGAGCCCUAUGGAGCAGGGCUGAGGGCCCUGGCGACAUCCAGCGGGCCCGAGAGCCCCCCUGUGUUUCGCAGCCACGAGGUGGUAGAGGCCAUGUGUCCCAUGCCCACGGCAUCUACCAGCAACGUACACAUGGUGAAGAAAAUCAGCAUCACAGAGCGGAGCUGCAGCGGGGCGGCAGAUCUCCCACAGGGACCUAUAGAGUCGUCCUCAUCCCCCUCAGGGUCUGCAGCAGUCUCUGUGGCACAGAUGGAGAACACAAGCCAAGUGGCCACCUGCAAUGCCACCAACAGGGAGCCCACCAGGGAAGCGGCCUCUUGUGCAUCAUCAGAGGCCAGGGAUGCAGGCGGGCUCCCGGCAGGAGUGCGGUCCAUCAUGAAGCGGAAGGAGGAGCCCACAGACCCUGCCGCCCACCACAGGAGCCUCCAGUUCGUGGGGGUCAAUGGCGGCUAUGAGUCCUCAUCGGAAGACUCCAGCACAGCAGAGAACUUCUCAGACAAUGACAGUACAGAAAAUGAGGCCCCAGAGCCAGAAGCCAGGGUUCCAAGUGUGGCCAAAACCAGCCGGCAAGAAUGCCAGCUCUCUCGGGAGUCCCAACACGUGCCCACAGCUGAGGGGGCAUCAGGAUCCAACUUGGAGGAGGAGGAAAUCCGGAUGGAACUGAGUCCCGACCUCAUCUCGGCCUGCCUGGCCCUGGAGAAGUACCUGGACAAUGCCAACGCCCUCACUGAGCGGGAGCUGAAAGUGGCCUACACCACAGUGCUGCAGGAGUGGCUGCGCCUGGCCUGCCGCAGUGACGCACACCCUGAGCUCGUGCGGCGCCACCUGGUCACCUUCCGGGCCAUGUCCACACGGCUGCUGGACUACGUGGUCAACAUCGCCGACAGCAACGGCAACACAGCACUGCACUAUUCCGUGUCACACGCCAACUUCCCCGUGGUGCAGCAGCUGCUGGACAGCGGCGUCUGCCAGGUGGACAAGCAGAAUCGUGCCGGCUACAGCCCAAUCAUGCUCACCGCACUGGCUACACUAAAGACCCAGGAUGACAUUGAGACUGUUGUUCAGCUCUUCCGGCUUGGUGAUGUCAAUGCCAAGGCCAGCCAGGCAGGACAGACUGCCCUGAUGCUGGCAGUCAGCCAUGGCCGGGUGGAUGUGGUCAAGGCCCUCCUGGCCUGCGAGGCGGACAUCAACGUGCAAGAUGAUGAUGGCUCCACGGCGCUCAUGUGCGCCUGUGAGCAUGGCCACAAGGAGAUCACAAGGCUGCUGCUGGCCGUGCCCAGCUGCGACAUCUCCCUCACUGACCGCGACGGGAGCACUGCUCUAGUGGUGGCCCUGGAUGCAGGGCAGAGCGAGAUCGCAUCCAUGCUGUACUCACGUAUGAACAUCAAGUGCUCGUUCGCCCCAAUGUCAGAUGACGAGAGUCCGGCGUCAUCGUCAGCUGAAGAGUAGUCACAAGGGGGGCUGGAAGGGCCUUCUGGGGCCCAGCCAGCCCAAGUGAACCGUCGUCCCUCGCCCAUCAUCGCCUCCCUUCUCUUCUCCCGCCUCCCCCAACUGCCUCUCCCAAGGCCCAAGUCUCAAAGGCAGGUCGGUUUCCCCUCUUCUUCCCUGGGGGAGCCCCACAUCCAUGGGACUCCAGCUCCAUGUGGGUUUUCCCUGACCCCCCCAGUGCAAAGCCACCACAGCGCAGACCGAAGCUAAAUUCUCAUCCAAGCCGGCGCCAGUGGCUGACGCUGGGGUGUGGGUUUUAUGAAGAACAUGGAGAAAAAUCAGCCGGCAAUUAUGGGUGGAGGAGGCUGAGAGGGAAAAAUAUUGUAUUUUUGAAUCACUGUAGGGGAGGGGCAGGCCCCAUCAGGAGUGGCCACAUUUGCAGGUCACAGUCACAGGGAUUGCAUAGUUUCCUCCUAAUCCUAAAUGUUAGCAUGCUCGGGUUGGUGUCCCAAGUGGCUUCACCUCCACAUCGAAUUGUCUGCUAUAUAAUAGGGUUUUGUCCCUCCCCUCACCCCCAGACGGCUUUCUUGGGGGAAUGUUUCUUCUGAUCACAUCACAAAACGAGAUUGUCCUUCUCGUGUCACCCCAGGGCAAAAAGCUCAUUCCUUUCUUCUGUGCAUCACCCCCAUUCAAACUGGGGGGGCUCAGGACCCUGUGGCCAGUACCCUGGGAGCUCCCGUGACUUGAAGGUAACCUAGUCACAAGGACAAAUUACCUGGACAUCCACCCCGCUCCCAGCACAGAGGCCUUGGCAAGUGUUAAUUUUCCUAGAAAAUCCUUCAGACCUACAGACCAAAGAAAAGGAUCCGGUUCUCAGAGUGGCUGCUGCCUCUACAGCCCGGAACCGUAGACACAGGGCCGUCCUUUUCCUCCCCAGGGCUCCAGAAUCUCUCUCCUCAAAGGAAAGAAAGCAGGGUAUGUGCUUCUUGGCAAAGCACAGGCGAGCUCCAAAAAUCCCAUGUGUGCAUAAUUAAAAGUUGGCUGCCCCGUAGGAUUCUGGGCACAGACUUAAAGAGACAGAUUUGCCGAAAACCAAACAAGGGCCAGCUGGGUUUCUUUCCCUUUCUUUCUCUCUUUUUUUUUUUUUUAACAACCUAGAGACUUUCCAGAACAGAGCCCACUAGAAAUGGGGCUCACCAGAGAGACUCACAAUUUCCUUCUUGGCCUUUUUUUUUUUGUCUCCAGAAUCUCCAAUAUGAUUUCUUUCCUGUUCCUUUUCUUGGUAAACAAGAAAAAGAACAGGGUUCCAAGCUUCUAAAUGUGCCCUGUGAUAGUACCAAGUAUGUGCCUUACCCUUUCUCACCUGGGUCUCAGCUGGCCCUCCAGGGCCUUGAAGCCAAACCUCCUUAGGGCAGAGGAGCCACAGGUUCACUAAGUAAAGCAAAGAGCUACCUUGCCUUCUAGAAAAAGUAGCUUCUUGGUUUGAGGUAGCCUAGCUUGCUUUGAUUUUUAUUGAAAGAUAUACUUAAGACCAAAAAAAAAAAA